GUUACGCAGGGUCUGGGGUGUAUUAUUUGUGAGUUUCCUUUCAGAGUGGUCCAGGGGGCCUAAAAGACUUGAGAAGUGAGGACCUAAUGAGCAUAGUUCUAAAUGCUGGUGGGAGGGAAAGUUUUUUUUUUUUUUUUUGUCUUUUUGAGACAGGGUCUCUAUGCAGUUCAGGCUGGCCUUGAACUCUGUAGCCCAGGCUGGUCUCGAACUCGCAAUGAUCCUCCUGCUUCAGCCUCCUGAGUGCUGGGAUUACAAGUGUGAGCCACCACACCCUGCUGGGAGGGAAUGAUUUACAAAAUCUCCAUGCUCUUUUGAGAGGCCUCUUCGCCAUCCCUCUUACUUUGCAGAGCCUGGUCUAGGACCAGGGGAUCUGAGUAAAGAUUCGUGGGGGAGGGGUCCAGAACUCAGCUCCAGGUUAAUGGCUGAUGGAAUUUGCACAGGAGCUGGGCAAAGGUGAAAGGGCCAUAUCCUGCCCCCAAACCUUCAUCCCUCGCUCCGCUUCGUUAACACCUCCACUCCUUUCCCACUACGGGCAGCUAGCUUCACCCAAACUCUGACCUCUUACUCUCCCCACUUACCUCCAGCCUACAGCAGCCAAGAGAGGACAAAGGCAGGGCAGCACGAGCAGGUCUCCUCUGCAUCCCAUCCCCCUGCUAUCUAUGGGCUCCCCAGGCGUCCUGGCUCCCCUACCACCACGGCCCAGUCUCUCCUCCCAUGCUUGGGCCUCUCGAUGUGGGUCUCUCACCUGGGGACUCAGCUGUCUUCUGGCUCUGCAGCAUUUCCUGGUCCUGGCUUCCCUGCUCUGUGCCUUCCACCUGCUUCUGCUUUGCAGUCUUCCCCCAGGAGCGCCAUCUUACUCCCCUGCUCAGCUCCUGGCCUCCAGCUUCUUUGCAUGCGGUAUGUCUACAGUCCUGCAAACCUGGACUGGCAGCAGGCUGCCUCUUAUCCAGGCUCCAUCCUUGGAGUUCAUUAUCCCCGCUCUGGUGCUGACCAGCCAGAAGCUGCCCAUGGCCAUCCAGACAUCUGGAAAUGCUUCCCUCACCAUGCACCAGUGUAGGGGACCUGGCUGCCAUGGCCUGGAGCUCUGGAACACUUCUCUCCGAGAGGUUUCUGGGGCAGUGGUGGUGUCCGGACUGCUGCAAGGCAUGCUGGGACUGCUGGGGGCACCUGGCCGUGUGUUUGUCCACUGUGGACCCCUGGUGCUGGCCCCCAGCCUGUUUGUGGCAGGGCUCUCUGCCCACAGAGAGGUGGCCCAGUUGUGCUCUGCUCACUGGGGCCUGGCCGUUAUGCUUAUCCUGCUCAUGGUGGUCUGUUCGCAGCACCUGGGCUCCCGCCGGGUACCCCUAUGCCCUUGGAAGUCAGCCUCAACUUCUUCAGCUCACUUUCACACCCCUGCCUUCCGGUUCCUCUCGGUGCUGAUCCCUGUGGCCUGUGUGUGGGUCACUGCUGUCCCUCUGGGUCUCAGCGCUGUCCCCCUGCAGCUAGCUGCUGCUGCUGAGGCACCAUGGUUUUGGCUGCCUCACCCAGGCGAUUGGAACUGGCCCUUGUUGACACCCAGGGCUCUGGCUGCAGGCAUUUCCAUGGCCCUGGCAGCCUCUACCAGCUCCCUGGGCUGCUACGCCCUGUGCCAUCAGCUGCUGCAUUGGCCUCCCCCACCUGCACAUGCCUGCAAUCGAGGGCUGAGCCUGGAGGGGCUGGGCAGUGUGCUGGCUGGACUGCUGGGGAGCCCCCUGGGCACAGUGUCAAGCUUCCCUAAUGUGGGCACAGUGAGCCUUUUCCAGGCUGGAUCUCGGCGCGUGGCGCACUUAGUGGGGCUGCUCAGCUUGGCACUUGGCUUCUGCCCCGGGCUGGUGCAGCUCCUCACCACCAUCCCACUGCCUGUGCUUGGUGGGGUGCUGGGGGUGACCCAGGCUGUGGUUCUGUCUGCCGGCUUCUCCAGCUUCCAUCUGACUGACAUUGACUCUGGCCGCAAUGUCUUCAUUAUGGGCUUCUCCAUCUUCAUGGCCCUGCUGCUGCCCAGGUGGCUUCGGGAAGCCCCAGUCCUCCUCAGCACAGGCUGGAGCCCCUCGGAUGUGUUACUUCGCUCACUGCUAGCACAGCCCAUCUUUAUGGCUGGACUCCUGAGUUUCCUCCUGGAGAACACAGUUUCUGGUUCAUGGCUUGAGCGAGGCCUCAGUCAAGGACUGCCAUCUUCUCUCCCUGCCCAAGAAGUUCAAAAGCCUCAGAAGUCCACGGAAAAGGCUGUGCAAGAGUAUGGGCUUCCUGACCCUAUCCAAAGCCUGUGUUCCCGCAUCCCCCAGCCCCUCCGUUGCUUCUGCCCAAUGCCCGAAGACCCUGUGGAUUUAGAAGCAGGACCCUCUGAGCCAGGAGAGACAGCAGACUUAUUGCCUGGCUCUGGGGAGCCCUGCCUUGCCGCUAGCACAGAAGGGCUUAGGUCCUUGUAAUUACCAGGAGUCUUAUUUCUGCCCUGUUAGUUUAGCCCUAAUUUGCAGCUUGCUGGAGAGUCAGUGCCCUGGCUCUACUUUGUCCUGGAGAGAGGGGUGUAUAUAACUUCUGUAUAUGUGUGUGUACACACCAUUGGCCCACUUAGAGACCCCAUUCCCAACAGGACUGGGUCAUCUUUCCUCCCACACAGCAGGGGACAUGGUUUAGUGGUCACGAAUGAAUGAAUGAAGUUUUUCCUGGAAACUAUCAGUGCCACUUGACCUAGCAUUCACUUAACAAAUAUUUAUUUAUAUGGGUAUGACAGGGUCCCUAUCCUCAUCAGCCACUUAGGAUUUAAAAAGACCUUUGUAAUAAGUAAAAUGCACCACAGAAGGCACUGUGUAAUAAAGAUGGAAAUUAUGCCAUGA